AUGACGAACCCGGUGACGCGGAUUCUGAUGUCGGCGACGUCAGAGGUGGAAGUGGAGGUGGAGAUGGAGGCGGAGGUGGUGGCAGUCCUGCUCCGCUGCCCCUACCGAUUGUGGCCACUGCUUCCACGACAACCUCCUCGUCGAAGCCUCGCCCUCAGCCUCAGCCCGCUGGUGGUUCUCGGUUUCCACCAGCUGGUCCACCUGUUCCGCCACCUGUUCCUCGGCAUACGCCGUCGUCCCGAAGUCCACCUCCUCGAACUACACCUCCUACAACAACCACAACUACGACUAUCAUACAAAGCUACCCGCGGUAUACAGAGUGACGUAACUCUGAGAAAUGCGAACCGCGCAGCGCGCAGGGAGCUGAUCUGCACCGUGGGCGGCAUUGCGACCGAAUACAGGCAGUACCCGGCGGAUGGGCUCUGCCACUACAUCUACUACACAGACGUGUUCAUCCACUCGAACGUCAGUGAAAUCUGGUCGACGCGCUUCAUCACCAGCUUCAAGGUGUUCCAGGAACGCAUGCCAAAGUACCAGAAGACUCAAGGCGGGCUCUCCUUCGACGUGAGGGCGUCGAACAGUUCUAUCGUGGACAGCGCCCUCGGUUCGCUGAAGUUGCUGCAGGAGAAGAACAUCGUACACUACGGCUCUCUCAAUGUCAUCGACAAAAUCGCCACCCUUGGAGGCCUCGUAGUGCGAGCUAUAGCUCUGGUCAAGAGUGAAAAGGCACUGGGUUGA